CUAGGUUGCCAUCGAGGCCACUUUCCGCUCUCACCGAGUUUCAUCCUCCGAUAAGACUCACUCCAGCUACAAAAACACCAUGGCAACGGCGACUGCAUCUCCGGGGGCUGAUCCGGUGCACGAGAAAUUCGCUGGUCCCCUCAAAGUGCCGCUGCCGUUCCCGACGCCCGAGAGCCGCCCCAAAGAGCGGCCGGUGUUGACGACGGAACAGCAGCAGAAGUAUGACUGGCUGCUCCAGCAGGUCAAGGGGUGGACCGAGGUUCCCUCGACCAAGGGCAAAGCCGGGCCGCUGACCGACGGCGAGAAGUUCUGGUUGACCAAGGAGUGCCUCCUUCGCUACCUGCGCGCGACCAAGUGGCACGAGAAGGAGGCCGACAAGCGUCUGCUCGAGACGCUCGCGUGGAGGAGGGAGUACGGCGUCGAGGAGCUGACGGCCGAGCACAUCUCUCCCGAGAACGAGACCGGGAAGCAGGUCAUCCUCGGCUACGACAAGGAGGCCAGGGUCUGCCACUAUCUCAACCCCGGUCGCCAAAACACGGAGCCCUCGCCGCGCCAGGUGCAACACCUGGUGUACAUGGUUGAGCGGGUCAUCGACAUCAUGCCGCCCGGACAGGAGACGCUCGCGCUGCUCAUCAACUUCAAGCAGGGCAAGUCGCGCUCAAACACAGCGCCCAGUCUCAGCCUGGCCCGCGAGGUCCUGCACAUCCUCCAGCACCACUACCCCGAGCGCCUCGGCAGGGCCCUCAUCAUCAACAUGCCCUGGAUCGUCACCGGCUUCUUCAAGCUCAUCACCCCCUUCAUCGACCCCAACACGCGCGAGAAGCUCAAGUUCAACGAGGACAUGAGCCAGUACGUGCCGACCGAGCAGAUGUGGUCCGAGUUCAGCACGGGCGAGCUGGAAUUCGACUACGACCACUCGGUCUACUGGCCCGCUCUGCACAAGCUCUGCAAGGAGAGGCGCGAAGCGCGCUGGCAGCGCUGGGUCGCCGGAGGGCGGCAGCUGGGCGAGUCGGAGGACUAUCUGGCGGGGGGUACCGAGACGGGCGUCGCACAGCAGGCCACUGGCGCGACGGAGAACACAGCCGAGGACACAGAGAAGACGGAGGCAGUCCCGGAUGCCGAACAGGUCCCGAGCGCGUCCACCGAGGAGAAAGCUGCCGAGAAGGUUACCGAGAAUGUGGUUGAGCCCACCACGGCGCAAAACGCUGUUGCUUCGGCCUGAUCCUUUUUUGUCUUCUGGGUAUCCUCGACUGAGGUACCGUUUAUCGUUUCUUGCGCGCAUAAUGCAGCUCUGGCAGGCGUGUCUGCGGACGUACUGUAGGCUUGUCGGGUAAGAUAUUACUUCGUAUUCUAGACCUAUUUCUUAAUACCAAUUGUGCUUCGCCGACCCUCUACAGAGUUUGUAACGCUGCCCUCUCAAAUGCAGGAGUCAGAUACCAGCAAAGUUGGCAAUUGGUGAGGCAUCACGCACCAUUAACAGAACUUGGCCAGCGGGUUGGGAUCAACCGCUUGGGGAUAUGAUGGACGAUGAUAGCCCACGCCAUCUGGUGCUCGACUGAGAUGGCUCAGCUGGUAGGAAUCGAAAUACUUGUGGGACUCGAGUCAAGGUUGACGGUGCGUGUAAUGGAACUAUCUUACUGACAAAAAGCCGCGUGGUGCUGUUGAUGGCGAGUGGCUGGCUACCUAAGCUCAGACGGCCAGUCCACAAGACUCUUA